CACUGUCAGUCCCAGCCAAGAAAUUCGGCUGGAAGAUUCGGCUGAGGGAGACUUUCACAGCCAGCGCCACAAGCACGUGCGCUUGCGAGACCGGUCCAAAGUAGGCAGGUGGUGUAUUUGGACCUCUCGCCGCAGCCCAGCAGAGCCCAGCCGGCCACAGCUGCUCACAUUCAGCCACAACCUCCGCUUUAUAUCCAAUCGCUGCGUCAUAUUGCAUCAUUCAGUCCCCGCCGUCGAUCCAUAUAAAGCGCCGCCGUUGCGACCAUGUUCGACCUCUUGAUCAUACCGACCAACCCCUCUAUAUUCACCGUCCUUGAUUAAAUUUACACCAUGUCCUCUUCUUAUGGAACCACGCAGGGUCAGAACACCUCUCAGACGUACAAUGACCCCAACAAGGUCGGCUCUACUACCACCACUACUGGAGGCCUGCAGGGCCAGAGGUCCGACGUCCCGUUAGGCAGCGGUCAGCACGAGCAUGGCCUCCGAGGCGAGCACGAGCAUGGCCUCCGAGGCGAGCACGACCAAGGUUUCCGAGGUCAGCACGACCAAGGUUUCCAGGGUCAGCACGACCAGAGCGGCAGACAGUACACCGGUGGCCAAGGUGAUAGAAAGACCACUACCACCACCACCACCGAUACCACCACGUACACCACUGGCGGUGGCUUCGACGAGACCAGCGGUCAAGGCCGUCAGGGCGAGCAGGGUGGCAACUUCGACGCAAAUCGUGGCCAGGGCUACGAGGCCAACCGCGGCCAGGGCUACGAGGCUAACCGUGGCCAGGGCUACGAGACCAACCGUGGUCAGGGCUAUGACGCCAACCGUGACCAGGGAUACGACGCCAAUCGUGACCAGAGCCACGAUACCACCACUCAGCACACCACCAAGCCGACCCUCGGACAGCGCCUGAUGGGCCACUCCGACAAGACUACGACUACUGGUGGCGAGACGAGAGGCGAACACGGGAUAGAGAACCGUGGACAGCGUCCGACCGACUUCUAA